GGUAGUAUAAUCAAUAAAAUAUGAGGUUUUCAGCGGUGGAAAAACGACUUUUUUGCACUACGGUAUUAUUGCUUGCCCUGGUACUGGCCGGCAUUCAUCUGUUGUCAGACUCCAACGUGUCUGAGGAUAGGAGUGGAAACAUUAUUCGAGUGUUGCCAGAAAUGAACAUGGAACUAGAUCAGGAGAGUACACUUGAAAAACUUCAAUUAAAUUCAAAAUUGAGGACAACAGAAAAAAUUCGACGGGAAGUAAAACCAACACAAGUUAACAACAGGAGAAACAUUUCUAAUUCACACAAUAAGGAUUUUAUUGUUGUUGGAAUUCCUACGAUAGAAAGACCAAAGGGUACGAACUACUUGGAGCAAACAUUAGACUCUUUGUUGACAAAUAGGGUAAACUUUGAUAGAGUCAUUUUUGUGGUAUACAUUGGAGAUACUGACAAGAAUCGAGUAGAGAAAGUCAAAGAGUCUAUCUUGGAAAAACACUCGAAAGAAGUUGAAAAAGGAUUGAUUCAUAUCAUACAUCCGGCAGCAGAUAUUUAUCCAGAUUGGGAAAAGGACAUGAAAAUUACUUUAGGCGAUCCUCGCCGUCAGGUCAAAUGGAGAUCAAAACAAAACUUGGAUCAGGCGUAUUUAAUGAAUUAUGCGUAUAAUCUGCAACCCAAGUAUUAUCUAAGUCUUGAAGAUGAUGUUUUAGCGGUUGAAAAUUAUUUAGAGACAAUUUACAAGUAUGCAGAAUCAGAAAUGAAGGAUGAUAUUAUAAUUAUAUCCUAUUGUAAAUGGGGAGCAAUAGGAAAAUUAUUUUCUGCCAAGUUUUUGCCGACAUUAGUUCAAUAUCUAAGAACAUUUUGGAAUUACAAACCAUUAGAUUGGUUAUUUUCUGAUUUACUUCAUAUUCUUGCAUGUCGAUAUCCACCAACAAAUUGCGAAAAGGAUAUUAAUUCGAAAAAACUAGAUUAUCCUAAAGAGUUAUUCGAACAUAAAGGAAUGGUGUCGUCUCUCGUGAAAAACACAACUUGAACAACGCAAGUACCGACAUCACAAAGCAAUGAUCAUUGCACGUAUAAUAUGAAUACCGAAGAUAUCAGCCAAAAUUUUCCGCUAAACCACUACGUUACAAUAAAACAGUUCAUCGUUCAGUAAAACAGUUCAUCAGUAAUGGCGGUGAAGCGCUGAAUAGUGAGUGAGGACGAUUAUUGGACACGAAAACAGUUAUUUUUAUGUAUUUCAAAAAUUUUUGUUGUCUUCAUGGGAUUUGUUUUUCACGUCGAAGUUUUGUAUGAUGACUCCACCAAAAUUAAAAAUUGCGCACUGUGUCGUGGUCCCGUCAUCACAUCUCAGUGAUUUGAAGGUAAGGCCACAAUGGACUAGGACUACCGGAACUGUAAGAGAUUUGAUACUACUUUGUUUUGGCUUUCGCGUCCGCAUAUUUGAGCAUAUCGCUCUCUUGUUUAUUUAUAUAUUCAUAUUCUUAUCUGAAACUUUCAAUGAAAAUAUUGGAUCCGGCUUCAAAAUUGAAAAUCCCGGUUUAAACUUACAUUUCUGGAAACACAUACCCUCUUUUGCGUUAGUAGUCUUAACGCACAGUUUGACAACUUUUUUUUUAUCUAUUUUUGUGCUAUUUUUAUCUUUCAAAUCAGUAAAUAAAAUAAACUCUCUCUCUACGGAGUAGAAUUAGACGUAACCGCAGUCGGAAAUCCGUACGUUGAGAGCUAAUCAGCGAGAGAUGUAGAGAAGGCGAC